CAGGGUGUAACUGACUGAGAGUGAAAUCAACGCUCUGCAUCUGAGGAUGUAUUAGUACUUCCUGGUUUCCAUAGAAAGCUAACAUCAGGGAGAACAUUUUGAUGAUAUUCUGGUUUCCAUGACAACUGGGGUAAGCCAUUCCUUCCUGGAGACAGAAAUAUUUAACAAGGAUAUUUACAGACUGGAGAGAUGGAGUAACUGUAGAAACAUCGAGACUAGUCGGUGUCUGCUAUCAAUAUUGACAUUAGGGGUGCAUACGUCCUGGGUAUCUAUCUACAUUUGAUGUCAUUUGAUCCCUGGAAGGACAGCGCACCUCAGAAGCACAGAGCAGAAUAAAGGGUCUGCUGGACACGCAGUUGGAGCGUAUGAAUCAACAGAUGCAGCUCACAGAACCACACCUCCCAGGAUUUACGUGGCAUUCAUACUCUCCAAUAUAGUCCGUUCAAAACACAGGCUCCAGCGACCCUGGGAGAUUCAGGUGAAGAAAGACAGGCCACAUAAGGUGUAAACCCUUUGUGGUCCUAGGCCAAAAGGUGUGGUGAAGAACAUUGCUUUAGGGAACACCUGCCAUGGCUGUGGGUAUGACGGCCAGACCCUUCAACCUCUAUUAAUUCCGUCUUGAGAGGAAACUCAAAUCAUAAUGGCUGCUGAGUAUAUCCUAUGCAAUUGGAAAGGCCACAUUUGGCCAGCAAAGGUUUUGUCCAGAUCUGGGAUCUCACCAAAAUAUAUGAGGAAAAGAGCACUUUCUCUAGAAGUUCAAAUACUCUCAGUAGGUAAAAAAAUUAAAGUGAAAAGCACAGACAUAAAGCUCCUAAAUGAGUCUCAAAUUGAAUCCGUUACCUCCUUGCUAGUGGCCCAGUCAAAGGCCAGUGUUCCACCAGGACAGAAAGUGGCCUACAGAAAUGCUCUUAAAGUGGCACUGGAGAUCCUGAAUAAGAGAGCAAAUUUCGGUCCAGCAAGAGCAUCAGAUGGUCUAGAGACCACUACACCAUCUCAAAGGGGACCACCAAUGCAAGCUCAUAAAAAGUACCGGAAGCCUAAAGGUACCUUACUGAGGAGUCUUAGGAAAAGAAAAAACCUCAAAUCGCUGCUGGUGCGUUCACAGACUAAAAACGCCCCAGACAGUGGCCGAUCGCAGGCGCACACAACCAACACGCAUACACUAAGGGAAAGGCGAGCAAAGUCCUCGCGAAGCUGCAGCAUGUGCUCAAAGUUCCCAUCACUUUCGGAAGAUGAUCAUAAGACAGGAGGCCGACCACACGCACAUGCAACGGUCACGUGUACUCUAAGGGAAAGGCCAGCAAAGUCCUCGCGAAGCUGCAGCGUGUCCUCAAAGUUCUCAUCACUUUCAGAAGAUGUUCAUAAGACAGGAGGCCGACCACACGUGCACACAACGGUCACGCGCACUCUAAGGGAAAGGCGAGCAAAGUCCUCGCGAAGCUGCAGCGUGUGCUCAAAGUUCCCAUCACUUUCGGAAGAUGAUCAUAAGACAGGAGGCCGACCACACGCACACACAAUGGCCACGCGUACACUAAGGGAAAGGCGAGCAAAGUCCUCGCGAAGCUGCAGCAUGUGCUCAAAGUUCUCAUCACUUUCAGAACAUGAUCAUAAGACAGGAGGUCAACCACACGCACAUGCAACGGUCACGUGUACUCUAAGGGAAAGGCCAGCAAAGUCCUCGCGAAGCUGCAGCGUGUCCUCAAAGUUCUCAUCACUUUCAGAAGAUGUUCAUAAGACAGGAGGCCGACCACACGUGCACACAACGGUCACACGCACUCUAAGGGAAAGGCGAGCAAAGUCCUCGCGAAGCUGCAGCGUGUGCUCAAAGUUCCCAUCACUUUCAGAAGAUGAUCAUAAGACAGGAGGCCGACCACACGCGCACACAACGGUCACGCGUACACUAAGGGAAAGGCGAGCAAAGUCCUCGCGAAGCUGCAGCGUGUGCUCAAAGUUCUCAUCACUUUCAGAACAUGAUCAUAAGACAGGAGGUCAACCACACGCACACGCAACAGUCACGUGUACUCUAAGGGAAAGGCGAGCAAAGUCCUCGCGAAGCUGCAGCAUGUGCUCAAAGUUCUCAUCACUUUCAGAACAUGAUCAUAAGACAGGAGGCCGACCACACACACACACAACGGUCACGCGUACUCUAAGGGAAAGGCGAGCAGAGUCCUCGCGAAGCUGCAGCCUGUCCUCAAAGCUCCCAUCACUUUCGGAAGAUGAUCAUAAGACAGGAGGCCGACCACACGCACACACAACGGUCACGCGUACUCUAAGGGAAAGGCGAGCAAAGUCCUUGCGAAGCUGCAGCGUGUGCUCAAAGUUCUCAUCACUUUCGGAAGAUGUUCAUAAGACAGGAGGCCGACCACACACACACACAACGGUCACGCGUACUCUAAGGGAAAGGCGAGCAGAGUCCUCGCGAAGCUGCAGCGUGUGCUCAAAGUUCUCAUCACUUUUGGAAGAUGUUCAUAAGACAGGAGGCCGACCACACACACACACAACGGUCACGCGUACUCUAAGGGAAAGGCGAGCAAAGUCCUCGCGAAGCUGCAGCCUGUCCUCAAAGUUCUCAUCACUUCUGGAAGAUGAUCAUAAGACAGGAGGCCGACCACAUGCACACACAACGGUCACGUGUACUCUAAGGGAAAGGCGAGCAAAGUCCUCACGAAGCUGCAGCAUGUGCUCAAAGCUCCCAUCACUUUCAGAAGAUGAUCAUAAGACAGGAGGCCAACCACACACACACACAACGGUCACGCGUACUCUAAAGGAAAGGCGAGCAAAGUCCUCGCGAAGCGGCAGUGUGUCCUCAAAGUUCCCAUCACUUUCAGAAGAUGAUCAUAAGACAGGAGGCAAAGGAAAUAGGGACACAUCAAGAGGUAUGUCUUUGCAUCGCACAGUCAAAGAGAAGGGUACAAGUGCUAAAGAUGGAGGCGUCCUUCCACCUUUGUCACCAAGCUUCAACCUCACUUUGCCCAAAGCUCACAAAGAAGAAGCACAUGACACCUACCCAAGGACCCUGGCUGUCUCCUCUGAAAGCUCUGCCUUCUCGUGGAAUGUUGAGGACCAUGGAGAGGUUGCCUGGAAGCCAGGCUUGGAAGGUGCAGCAGCAUCCUCCAGUGCCCCUAAACAGAGGCGGUGUUAUUCACUCGGUCUGGCAAAUAGAAAAAGGAAGCUGCAAGUGACAGAGUUUGAGAAAGAGCUGCAAGAACUUCAACCUUCAGUCAACUCAAAGGCUAUUAACCCCACCACCCCUAUUAAAAAGAAUGCCAACAAAGAAAUGGGACAAGUGGCAAGCAUGGGUUUUCCACAAGAGCCUUGUCCCAUUGAAGGAGGAAUGAUGGUCUGGUUCAAAUUUCAGAAUCACCCAUUUUGGCCUGCAGUAGUAAAGAGUGUCAGCCAAACAGAGCAGACUGCAAGGGUGCUUUUGGUUGAGGCAAACAUGCACUGUGAAAUGAGUGGCAUUCGAGUUCCUCUUCGAAGAUUAAAGCACCUGGAUUGUAAAGAGAAAGAAAAACUAAUAAAGAGAGCCAGGAAAUUGUACGAGCAAAGUGUGAACUGGUGCUUCUCCCUGAUUGCCCACUACAGAGAAAGGCUCAGGCGAGGUUCUUUUGCAGGCAGUUUCCUGGACUAUUAUGCUGCUGACAUCAGUUACCCAAUUAGGAAAGCCAUCCAAGACAGGGAUCUGGAGAUUGAUUUCCCAAAGGUGAAUUAUGCCAACCUGGAAGAUUCUGAGGAGGAGACCUCCCUGGACGGGAAGAGGCCCUGCAAGAAAAUUCUCCCUGACCGGAUGAAGGCUGCUCGGGACCGAGCCAACCAGAAGCUAGUGGACUUCAUCGUGAAAACAAAGGGGGCCGAUCACCAUCUUCUGGACAUUGUCCAAGGCAGGAAACAGUCCAGGUGGCUGGUAUCAUUUAGGAAUUCGAGCAGGUACGUGAUCUGCGUUGAAACAUACCUGGAGGACGAAGACCAGUUGGAUGUGGUGGUAAGACAUUUACAAGAAAUCUACAAACAAAUAGACAAGAAAACGCUGAAUCUGGAAAGGGAUGACAAAGUGAGUUUUGUUCUGGAAGUUCUUCUGCCAGAAGCAAUCAUUUGUUCAAUUGCUGCACUUGAUGGAUUAGAUUACAAGGAGGCAGAAAAAAAGUACCUACAGGGGCCACCUGUGCAUUACCGGGAAAAAGAGCUAUUUGAUAAAAAUAUCCUAAAGAAAAUAAGAAAGAGAUAAGCAACAAGGAGCAAGACUAAUUAACUCCCCCUGUACCCACACUUUAGCAGGAAGACCUCUCAUUACCCUGUCUGUAUGAAAUGUGUGAUCGUUCCGCUCUCUAUGGCAUGUAAAUAUGUUCUGGAAAUUUGAGACCUUGGGAAUAUGCUGGAUUCAUUUUGGAUCCAUCUCUAGCACUUGUGGGUAGCACAGUCAUCAUCUUUUCUAGUACCCAAAUGCCUCACAAAUUAAUUUGUUAAAAUAUUGCAAACAGUUGUACUUCCCUCUACUUGCUUGGAUGUGUUAACUGUCCAGAUGUUUUCCUAACAUGGCUUUUAAGCGUACUUCAUAUUUUAAUAGAGCACACACACAUUAUUUUAUUACAUGGAAGAGCACUGGUAUCAAACAUUAAGCAACAAUCAUUUUUAAAAUCCAAGAUAGAUUCUUACAGAAACAAUCUGCAAUCUCUCAUUCUUUUUGUGACACCUGAGUAUAAAUGAUUGGGUUCCUUCUUAAGAUAAUUCCUGAAUUUUUUCUGCCAUGCUUGUUUGUUCGGGAAAAAUAGCCCUGAGAGCUGAAACCAAUGACAGAGAUGUUUUCUAUAUAUUAUCACUACCUUCAAAUGGUUCUUGCAAAAGCAGUCUGGAAUCCAAAGUUAAUGGAUCAUUUGCACGUAGUCCACACGUGGGUGAAUGAAAUCUCAACGUGCAGUAAACAUUUUGCCAGCCUGUGAAAGAUUGUUAAACUUUACUACAUUUCCCUGAGAUUCCACUUACGGAAGUAGCUCUUGUUCAAUGGCUGAAUGGUUUCCUUAAAACAGACAGGCUCCUGGCUGUCUUCUUAACUGACUGGAUCCUUUGCGUAUACUGGUUUAUCCCCAUGUGGAUGACAACUAGACUAAUCGUACACACCGUUUACCUAUUUUAGACCUAGGAGUUCAGGCUCACUGCUAAGAGCCCGUCUGAUUGGCACAAAUUGUAGGAAAGCUCGCAUUUUGCUCUGGACCUGUGUGCCCUAAAAUGCAGUCGUUUGUCUGAAGCUAAGCAAGCUUUCUCUUUUGACUUAUUCAUUGACUAACCCUGACAGGUUCCAACAGUUAUGCAGGCUGGAAAGUCAUUCCAGGCUGCUUGAGCAAUAGAUGGACCGGGAUCUGGGAACUUGGAAAUGGGCUACAGAAAAGUAUCCGUUUGGCUAAAUAUGGCUGUUGUCAGAAUACAAUGAAACAUAUGUAACUAAAAGAUAAAUUCUGAAGCCCAUGAAUUGUUAUCCUACUUGAAACAAGAGUUUUUUGAGACAAAAAAUGUUGGGAAAGCUAGUUUACUUUUAAAACUUGUUGUGAAAAUAAACACUAAAGGUUUAAUAUACACCUGAGUGCAUUUUUAUUCUCAGAGAGAGUCAACUAUCACUCACAGGCCCAUGUUAUGUGUCCACAUGGCCAUGUGAUUUGUGUGUGUGUAAAAUUUUCAAGAGCUAGCUGUUUUGAUUCACAAUAAAACCACUGUAUCUUUCACCUUGAACUUUUGCUU